AUGGGGAGAAAAAGGGAGGGAGGAGGGGGGGGAAGCGAAGGUGGGUGGAGGAAAAAUUUGUCCCGCACUAACUUCGUUUCCGGUGUAGCGGCGAUGGGCUGUCGAAGCAACCAACCGUGGCUCGUUAUUCCUGGCCAUCGCCUUCCUGCCGUCCGUCCCGACUCUUUUCCGUGCGGGAAUCAGAGGAGAUGGAGCAGUGGGAGCGGAUAUCUUGGAAUAUCAUGGAUAGCCUUCCCCGACCGAUAUUACCCCGUCAAGAGGGAUUGUGAUUAUUUUUACAUACUUUCUACUACUUUGUAACAUAUGGGAUGCGCUGCCAGCCAAUCCCCUUUCAGAUCAUCGAGCCAUUUGCAAGCAUCAUCAAGUUGCCCCUUUCUUUGACAGGGCUGAGAGGAUCUUGAGCACAGCCGGUUUCUGUACCACCCUUUCUCCCCCUUAUUGUUACUUCUGAGGAUACUUGGAACGUCGCAGAAUCCUCCCUACCGUUGUCCAUCCCGAGUCUGGGAAAAUUAUUGUCAGGCUUUCGUCGCUUAUGGCGGAGCGAACAUCUUCAUAUGUGUAUGCCAGCGUAGCAAUGCUGUGAGGACAAUUCAGUACUUACUCUUCAGACUAGCCAGUCAUCAAUAGCCAUUAGUUAUUCAUACCUUGAGCCGGUCCAGGCUGACGGGCGAAAACGGAG